AUGACAAAGCAGCCUUCAAUAGAUGAUCAGUUUCAUGUGGUUUAUUCGGACUUCGAUUUAAACCUACAUCGUCAAAUACGAGAUUGUACACUUAGCAUUUUGAAGAAUGAAGGCGGACUUCUUAACGAGCAAGUCAUCAAAACGAUUAGCACAAAGAUGGAAGAGGGAAGUCUCACAUUCAAAUUCUUUCAGAUCACAACAAUUAUUAAUUGA